AAACAUAUGCCCCUGUCCCGGCCCAUUUUCUCCUCUUCCCUUUUCUGGGCCUCAGUUCUCCCCAUCAUUUUUUUUCGGCUUCCGUUUCCCCUUUAAAAAUGGAAGGGUUCCAAGUGGAUGCCCUGUAGGGCGCCUCGAUCCUGGUGAUAAGGUGGUGGAGGUGCUUGCUCCGUGCCUCCCUCCGGAAAGUUGUACUUUGUUGUGGGAUCCUUGUGCGUCCUGAGGCUUGGACACCCGGGCGCUGAGGAAAGGUUUCCUUUAAAGAAAAGGCAGUGGAUAGAAAGCAUUCUCUUUAAGUAGUUAUUGAAGACUUGGCUUUGCUGGCUGGAGGCAGUGCUCUGAGUGAGGAUUUCUCUGUCUACAAAGUGGGGAUGGGGGUGGAGGGGAAGCUUGCUGUUUCUUUUCAAAUCAAACCUGCCAGAGGUAUUGAUUGCUCUUCACUAUUUGGAGUUUGGGGAAAACUGGGUCUUGGGAAGGUGAUGCCUGAAGGUCUUUGAUUUGAAAACAAUGACAUCACAUGCCGUAGAUUGUUUGCUCCCCCUUCUUCCCUCUUUUCCUUCCCGUUCCUGGGGUUUUGAAGCAGGGUUUUGGCAACAGAACUUCUUGGGCCUGGAUUGAAAACCUAACAGUGUGACAACUAUUAGACUAUGGAAUAGUAUCUCCAAGGGAAGGAAGCACAUCGUUUGAGACAUUUAGAACUGGAUUCUACAAAGCACUGGAAAAUGUACUGUAGGGAACAAUCGUGAACUGGCCGGGAUGGACUACAGUAAUGACCCAAUGGGUCUUUUCCAUCUCUAACUUUUCUGUUUGAAGUUAAAUCUAGAAAUCAAGGACACCCUAAGGGAGAUGACGUGACAAGUGAGAUCAGACCAGAAUCAGAUGUGUUUAUUGUUCUGCUAAAACUUUGUUGUGUAUUAAAUUAUGGUUUCUAUUUCAUGAUAAUGCCCAUCCUUGUCUGGCAGCUCAUUUUUCCAAUGCUAUUAUUUGUUACAAAUCAAUUAUUAAGUGUGGUAAUUGAUGAAGAUUGAACUCUUUAUGCAGUUUUCACACCAUAUUGUAUAUGAUUUGGGGUAGGUCUUCUAAAAUUAUUGGGGAGCAAACUCUACACAUGUGAAUGUAUAACAUUUUAAAAAUAACAAUCUACAUUUGUAAGUUAAGGAGGUUUACAUCUAAAUAAAAUUCAUUUUGAAAUUAAAAGAAAUGCAGUAACCCUUACUGACUCUGGAGUCUGAGGACUUGGGUUCAAAUCCUGCCUCUGGUGCUUACCCAUGUAGCCUUGGACAAGUCUUUUAACCUCCCUGGGCCUGUUUCCUCAUCUGUAAAGUGAGGGGGUUUGGCUAGUUGACCUGAGGUCCCUCCCAGUUCUAGAUCUAUGAACCUAUGGUCUUCUUGUACUUUGGAUUUAGAUAUUUUCUAAUAUUUAAAUGAUGAAGAAUUCAUCAUUUUAAUCAUGGCAAACUCAUUAUUAAAUGUCAGGGCAGACUUCUGUUUGUCAUUUGAGAUUUUAUGAGACCUAAAAAUCUGGGUAUUUUAAAAUUUGCAAACAUACUCACCUUACUAAUCUCUGAGAGUUGGCUCCAUUGAGAGACUUUGGUGUAAAAAGAUGCAUGGCAGAGAACACUAUCUGUAGUUUGCAUUUAGCUGGAGUCUUAUCUAUUACUUUGUGAUGGCGAAACAUAUAGGUGAUAUAUUUGUGUGUCCUCUUUCCUUGGGGGUGCGGGAGGUGGUGAUCUGUUUAGAAGAAAUAAGCUCUACUGCAUCUUCUUAUAGUUUUGCUGUAUUUCUGGUGAACCUCCUUAAACUGCAUGUAUAUGUUACUGUUCCUAUGUAUGUGUGUCUCUCUAUCACAUAACCCAGAACUUAUUUCCUCAGCCAAAUGGCUAGGGGACGAGCCUAGCCAAGAUUUUACCUCCAAUGGACGCAAGUUUCUUUGGUGAAGAUCUCUCCUGAGAGUUCGGGACUAGCAGAAAGAAGCGAGGAAAUUUCGACCGUUUGGUUCUUUCGGAUAGGUAUUUAUGUACUCGGGUUUGUGUGAAUGUAAGCUACAGUAUUUGACUUUUCAGAAAAAAAAAUAUUUUGCAAGUGACAUUGAAUGGUUGGCAAAACCAUAAACGGUAAGAACCAUUAUUGACAUGGAUCCCAUUAAACUAUUAAAGGAUUCUUUGCCUUUAAAUUGUUAACUUUAUCAUCAUAGAAAGGGAUUUAGACUUUAUUAAGAUAACUUAAAUUUAACAGUAGGCAAGAAGUAACUAGCAAAAUUAAAUAUAAAUCUGAGAUGAGUGGUUGUGUUUAGUUUUUUAAAUAUUUUUGAUUUCUUUAUAAAGGGUAAGUAUUUUAAAUAAUCACACACAAAACCCUUGAUCUUAAUUUCUUUACAUUGACCAGUUUGUUCAUAUUACAGAUAUGAUGGACGCGGUCACCUGCAUGACCUUUCUGAUUAUGAUGCUGAAUAUUCCACAUGGAACAGAGAUUACCAGCUUUCUGAAGAGGAGGCACGAAUAGAUGCCCUGUGUGAUGAAGAGAGAGGAAGAAUACAAGCGACUCAGCGAAGCCUUGGCAGAAGAUGGAAGUUAUAAUGCAGUGGGAUUUACUUAUGGCAGCGAUUAUUAUGAUCCUUCUGAACCAACAGAGGAGGAAGAACCCUCAAAACAGAAAGUUGAAAAAAUUGAGGCAGAAAAUUCAGAGGAAAAUGAAGAACCUUUCAUUGCCCCUUUAGGAUUGAACGUGCCUUCUGAUGUGGAACUGCCGCCAACAGCCAAGAUGCAUGCCAUCAUUGAGCGCACCGCCAACUUUGUCUGCAAGCAAGGGGCUCAGUUUGAGAUCAUGCUGAAAGCCAAGCAGGCCCGCAAUUCCCAGUUUGAUUUUUUGCGCUUUGAUCACUACCUCAACCCCUACUAUAAACACAUCCAGAAGGCAAUGAAGGAAGGGCGAUAUACCGUUCUGACAGAGAGCAAAGGAGAAGAGAAGAGAAAUUCGGGGGCCAACUCAGAUGAUGAUGAUGAUGACGACGAUGAUGGUAAUUACCUGCAUCCAUCACUCUUCGCUUCCAAAAAGUGCAGUCGACUUGAAGAGCUUAUGAAGCCUUUGAAAGUGGUAGAUCCUGAUCACCCUCUUGCAGCACUUGUUCGUAAAGCCCAAGCUGAUAGUAAUGCAUCUACCCCUCAGACAGCAGAUGGGGCAGCUGUGCAGGCGGGACAGGUGGAGUACACUUCAGAUUGGGUUAAUGUACCUAGCACCACAGGAGUAACAGCUGCGCCUCCCCCUCCUGGGACUACGCCGCCCCCACCUCCAGCUACAACGGAGUCCAGCAGUGGGCUAGCUUCUGCCACAACUCCAUCCAGUACCCUUGCUCCCGUGGUUGCCAUUAUCCCUCCACCUCCGGACAUCCAGCCUGUAAUUGACAAGUUGGCAGAAUACGUUGCUAGGAAUGGAAUUAAAUUUGAGACUAGUGUUCGUGCCAAGAAUGAUCAGAGGUUUGAAUUCCUACAGCCGUGGCACCAAUAUAAUGCCUACUAUGAGUUUAAGAAGCAGUUCUUCCUUCAAAAAGAAGGGGGCAACAGCUCACAGGUUGUAACGGCAACAGCUGUAGCAGAAGAGGCUCCGGCAGAGCCUGCCCCUGAAAGUGCCCGUGAAGUGGUAGAAGAUGGUGGGUCUGAAGAUGCCACUGACACAGCAGGAAAGGGUGCCUCUGGGGCAAAAAAGGAGUCAGCUUCCAGUAAAGCCGUCAGUGAUGGCAAACUAGUGAAAGCUUCAUUUGCUCCAAUAAGCUUUGCAAUCAAGGCCAAAGAAAAUGAUCUGCUUCCCCUGGAAAAAAACCGUGUUAAGCUAGAUGAUGACAGUGACGAUGAUGAUGAAGAGGGCAAGGAAGGCCAAGAGAGCUCUAGUAGUUCUGCAAACCCUAACCCAGCACUUGUCACACCCUGUGUAGUUAUUGAGGAGAAAAAGCCUCAACUUACCCAGGAGGAGCUGGAAGCCAAGCAAGCAAAGCAAAAACUAGAGGAUCGUCUUGCAGCUGCUGCCCGAGAAAAGCUGGCCCAGGCCUCCAAGGAGUCAAAGGAAAAACAGCUUCAGGCUGAGAGGAAAAGAAAAGCUGCUCUCUUUUUACAGACUUUAAAAAACCCCAUGUCGGAAGCAGAAUCUGGGAAGGUGGAUGAUCAUCCCUUUGGUGUGGAGGAAGUCAGUAAUAUGCCAUGUACUUUACUGACUGGAGUGAGACCUCUGCCAGCUUUGGAAGUUAAGCCACCAGAAAGGCCUUCAAGCAAAAGUAAAGAGCCUCCCCGAGAAGAAGAAAAGGAAAAGAAAAAGAAAAAGCACAAAAAAAGGUCUCGGACAAGAUCCCGCUCUCCCAAAUACCAUUCAUCAUCUAAGUCCAGGUCUAGAUCACAUUCAAAAGCAAAGCAUUCUCUUCCCAGUGCCUAUAGAACUGUCCGACGGUCAAGACCCACAGCCUCCACAGGGACACUGAGCACGGAGCCAUGUCAGAGCAGCUCAUCAGUGGCAGCAGCAACAGAUCAAGACAGUUAUCAGGCAGCUUCGACAACGAAAAGAUUUGACUCCUGGAGCUCUAUUGAGGGAAAACCUGGUAAAAUGUCAAGGUCACGGUCAAGAUCGCCUAGAAGAAGAGCUCACUCUCCUGAGAGAAGAAGAGAAGAAAGAAGUGUUCCAACAGCUUACCGUCUGAGCAACAGCCCAGGAAUCAGCCGGAAACGCACACGUUCCAGAAGUCCCCAUGAGAAGAAGAAGAAGAGAAGAUCUCGGUCACGUCCUAAGUCCAAGGCAAGGUCACAGUCAGUGUCGCCAGGCAAACAGGCUGCACAUAAGAACUCGGCCCAUUCAACCAGCAUCUCUCCUGUGGAGAGUAGAGAAUCCAGCCAAGAGCGCUCCAGGGGAGUUUCUCAGGAAAAAGAUGGUCAGAUCUCUUCAGCAAUUGUGUCUUCAGUGCAAAGUAAAAUAACUCAGGAUCUAAUGGCCAAAGUGAGAGCAAUGCUUGCCGCUUCCAAAAACAUACAAACUAGUGCCUCCUGAGACCUGGUGAACUGACCGUUCCUUAGGGGAACAUGUGGGAGGGGAUUUUGCAAACAGUCUCCAUUGCCUCAUUGCAGCUGUAGAGCAGAGAACUCUGACCAUUUGGUCCUCAGCUUCCUUUUGUAGGAGGUUAUUGGAAUUGGAAGAUCAGAAAAACCUUAUUUCUGUCCAGCCCCACCCUCACAAGCGCUGCCAGAAUUUUCCACCCUGGAUCUCCCUUGGACAAUUGAAGGUUUUUGUAAAUUGAUUUUUGAUGACCUCUUCAGUUUAAGAUUUUUGACCAGCAGUCUCUUAUCUGUAUAUUUGUAAAUAAUAUCAUGUUUCUGUGAAAAUGUAUUACCAAAUAAAAUGGGAGAAAAACACCUUUUCUAGCUAGCAA